CAGACCUUCUAAUCUCUUUCACAUUGCAGAUUUUGAGCACCCUGAGUUUUAGUGAGAGAAAAGAGAGAAUUUUGCUCUGUCCCAGAGUUUUUCUUGAUUGACCUAAGCUUAAUUUGUGUUUUGUAGCAAUGGAGAUUGGCGGUGGGAGUGGAAGAGGUUUUGACCGAAAUGACAACCUGAAAAUGAAGGCUACUGCUCAGAUAGAUGUACUGGAGCACUAUUAUGCUGUGGAACGUUAUCCAUCACCAGAUUUGAUGGAAGAAUUGUCUGCUAAGUUGGGGUUGAGUGAUCAACAGGUGAACGUGUGGUUCCAAUGCAGGAGGCAGAAAGACCGGGAUAGGAUAGCCAUUGGCAUACCACUGCAUAAGGUAGCUUCAACUAUGCCGAUGGCUUCGUUGAUUGCUGUUGGUGAAGUGUGGGGCAAGCCGGUUCCUGGUUCUCCAUACGGUCGGCUAAUGGUUCAACAGCCUGGAGUGAGAGUGCCAAGCUAUGGAAAUGAAGGUCUGUCUACUAGGCGGUAUGAUCAGUUUCCGUGGACCAUCCAACAUUCGCGUGCUGUUGCAGCUGUGGAGAAACAGCUGGGGGGGCAUUUCAUCGACAAUGGGCCUGUUCUUGGAUUCAAUUUUGAUCCCUUACCCCCGGGUGCAUUCCACACUCCAAUUGAGCCAGCAGUGCAUUACAAACAAGGUGGACAGUCUCACAGGGCUGAACUACAUGGUGGGCCAAUCCAGGCUGCAAACCAGACCUCCCUUCAAUACCAAUUUACUCAAGGAGAGUCAUCCAGUGCAGCUGCUGCAUAUGGACCACGUGUCCCGCCUGGCUACUACAGUUCACCUGCUGAAGCUCAGACCAUCGCUAUUGCAUUAUCUGGUGGGAGCUCUUAUGUUCAUGGCACACAGUUGCCAAUUUCGGGUCUUCUGCGUCCACAAGGCAUACAAUCCAGUAUAUCUCAAUCUCUGGGAGCUCAUGUUGUUCCUCAAAGUUCUUCACGUUUGAACAUGAGAGUAGAUGCUAUUUUCGGUGGCUGUUCAACCACUGGGGAGGAGAAUCCAUUAAUGCCAUCUGGGACACAAGCCAUCGGUGAUAACAGACUAUUGGCGAGAAACUGGAAGGUCUGGAGAUUCUUGAUUUGCUUGGCAGAUGCUCUAUCUCUCUCGCCUUUCACCAUAGAUGAGUUUGUUCAUGAUACUGUACAUAUUAUGCUUCUGAGAUCCAUAAUAAAAGAUAUUGAAGGUGCUGCUAAUUCUGGAGGAGGAAAUCCGCGUAUUGUUGAAGAGGCAUAUGCGCGGGGUUUUAAUACAAGCAGCUGGCAGCGCCACUUGAAUCCAUUGACAUGGCCUGAAAUAUUGAGACAGUUUGCUCUUUCUGCUGGUUUUGGGCCCGUCUUGAAGAAAAGAAACAUUGAGCCAGCGAGUUCAUCUGAUGAAAGUAAGGGUGACGAUGAUACAGAUACUAGUGCCAGCUCACCAAAUGAAGUUGCAGCUGAGAAUGCAGCUUCUGCAACGGUUGCUACAUUUAGUAUUCCUGGCAAUACUGUCAAUGAAAAAAGUGACAGUGAAGAAUGGGUUGAAAGAAUCAUGGAGGAGGAAUACUCUGAUCUGAGUGUUGAAGAGCGUCUCGAUGCAUUUGUUGCCUUGAUCAGUGUGGCAACUGAGGGAAAGUCUAUUCGUGUCGUUCUAGAGGAGCGUAUUGAAGCAGCAUCUGCGUCCACAAGGAGACAAUCCAACAUAUCUCGAUCUCUGGGAGCUCAUGUUGUUCCUCAAAGUUCUUCGCUUUUGAACAGGAGAGUAGAUGCUAAUUUCGGUGGCUGUUCAAUCACUGGGGAGGAGAAUCCAUUAAUGCCAUCUGGGACACAAGCCAUCCGUGGUAACAGACUAUUGGCGAGAAACUGGAAGGUCUGGAGAUUCUUGAUUUGCUUUGCAGAUGCUCGAUCUCUCUCGCCUUUCACCAUAUAUGCGCUUGUUCAAGCUUUCCAUGAUACUGAUUCGAGAUUACUGGGACAGGUACAUAUUAUGCUUCUGAGAUCCAUAACAAAAGAUAUUGAAUGUGCUGCUAAUUCUGGAGGAGGAAAUCCGCAUAUUGUUGAAGGGUUCAAAACAUCCUCGUCUAGCAACGAUCCAGGCUCUGGCAGGAUUUUCGUUCAUCUGUGUGAGGGCCGGUGGAGGCUUAUUGAUUCGGAGAAGGACUUUGAUGCUCUCUUAAGGAUCUUUGGAUGUGUUUGGAGUCAGAGAGCCCCAGUUGCGUUCGAUGCUGCAGCAAAUCGAAGCUGCUUUCAAGGAAAAUGCCAGGAAGUUGCAAAAUAAUUCUGACACUAGGGCACGAGGUCUAAUCUCUAUGUCUCUACCUUUGACAGACCAGAAGCUUCAGAUUCCUUUUCAAUCCAGCUGGGAAGAAUUGAAACAUAGGAGAAAACGAUGAUGUUUCGAGGAGAUAUUCAGAUUUUGAGAAGUGGAUGUGGGAUGAAUGCCUCGACGACUCCACAUUACUGAGUGCGAUGAAGUGGGGGGAAGGAUGACACAAAAAGCUGUUACAUGUUUGUAACCGCUGUCACAUUUUGCACCUUCUUAAGGAAAGACAAUGGCACCAUUGUCACCCAACUUCCAGUGCUUCUGUCAACAAGCCAUCACCUCCUGUUCAGAUUUCGUUGUUAAAAGCGCAGCUAGCUUCAAUGGAGGGCCUGAAUCGGCUUUAAUUUUUCUUUCAAAACCGCAUUCCAAAGGCUAAUCAGUGCAUCUUCCUCAGAAGAUCUCCUUCAGCUGAUCCUGGCAUUGUUGGAUGGUGCCAUUAAGAAGAAACUUUUAGCUUCUGAAGCAUGUCGUGAUGAUCUCGAAGGGAUUCCAUGCACGACAUCAGCUUUGGCGCUGAGGCUCGGGGAAGUUGAUGAAUCCCUCCAUUGCAGACUGUUAGAAGCAGGAAAUUGAUCUGUAAUUGUUAGUGCAAAGGGACCUCAGAUCUGUAACAACAUAACUUAUCUGAAAUUAAUGAAAG